GCACAUUGUUCCCCGCCCCCGCUCCGACCGCCGCCGUCGCCGCCGCAGCCACCGGGCUAUAAAAACCCUCCGAGCCAGGAAAGGUGCGGAUCCUUAUUAUAGACCGCCGCGACCCCAGCGCCUGGAGCCAAUUCUCCGCUGCGGCUUUUCGGAGCGAGCUCUUGGAAUCGCACCCACAGAGGCGUGCGUGGAAGCUCCGCAGACCGAGGGAGGGAGGACCCUGCAGCAGCUGAGCCUACCGCCUGGGGCCAUGGACUCUGACGCCAGCUUGGUGUCUAGCCGCCCGUCGUCGCCAGAGCCCGAUGACCUUUUCCUGCCGGCUCGGAGCAAGGGCAGCGGCGGCAGCGGCUUCUCGGGGGGCACCGUGUCCUCCUCUACACCAAGCGACUGUCCGCCUGAGCUGAGCACCGAGCUGCGCGGCGCCAUGGGCUCGGCGGGUGCGCACUCCGGGGACAAGCUGGGCGGCGGUGGCUUCAAGUCCUCCUCGUCCAGCACCUCCUCGUCCACAUCGUCGGCGGCCGCAUCGUCCACCAAGAAGGACAAGAAGCAGAUGACGGAACCCGAGCUGCAGCAGCUGCGCCUCAAGAUCAACAGCCGCGAGCGCAAGCGCAUGCACGACCUCAACAUCGCCAUGGACGGGCUGCGCGAGGUCAUGCCCUACGCGCACGGCCCGUCGGUGCGCAAGCUCUCCAAGAUCGCCACCCUGCUGCUGGCACGCAAUUACAUCCUCAUGCUCACCAACUCGCUGGAGGAGAUGAAGCGGCUGGUGAGCGAGAUCUACGGCGGCCACCACGCCGGCUUCCACCCGUCGGCCUGCGGGGGCCUGGCGCACUCUGCGCCCCUGCCCGCCGCCACGGCGCACCCGGCGGCCGCGCACGCCGCGCACCACCCAGCGGUGCACCACCCCAUCCUGCCACCGGCAGCCGCCGCUGCAGCCGCCGCCGCGGCUGCGGCGGUGUCCAGCGCCUCCCUGCCCGGCUCGGGGCUGUCAUCGGUUGGCUCCAUCCGUCCCCCUCAUGGCCUGCUCAAGUCUCCGUCGGCGGCCGCGGCGGCCCCUCUGGGGGCCGGGGGCGGCGGCAGCGGGGGCAGCAGCAGCUUCCAGCACUGGGGCGGCAUGCCCUGCCCCUGCAGCAUGUGCCAGGUGCCACCGCCGCACCAUCACGUGUCGGCCAUGGGCGCGGGCAGCCUGCCGCGCCUCACCUCCGACGCCAAGUGAGCCGGCCCGCGCCAGUGAGUUCUGGCAAGCGGGGGCGGAGGCUGCGCGGAAGCAAGGACUGGCCUGAGCUGGACCAGGGAGCUCUAUUCCAAGGAGGCAGCGCAGGACCAAGGGCCGGGUGGGGGGCGCUGGUGGGGACUCCAGAGCCAGGGACUCGAAGCAAUGCGGCCGCGCACUGAGGAGUAGGGAGUGAGAGGGCAUUCUCCCCCAGACUUGUUAGUUAGUCCUCUGGGCUUUAAACAGAGCUGGUCAGGUAGACACACUUUAUAAAAAGGCACCGCUGUGUGCAUCCCUCCCUCCACCUCACCUCUCCAGAAAAACAUUCUAAAAACUUUGAUUUCCCCGGGAACACGGCCGGCUGCCUAGGCCGGCCGGGGCAGCACUUCGUUACAGGGAGGCGUCGGGGACUUCCCCUCCGUCCUCGCCUUCCUCCUUUCUUGGCAGUGGGGACUGGAGAGCCGCAUCCCGGAGCAACCGCCGCGGCCUUCUCUCGAGGCUCGUCCCUGGCCCGGGGCGGGGCAAGCAGUUAGUCGGUGCUGGCCUUGGGUACCACAUGCACUUACGGCCCUGUCCAGUCUCCACGGCAGGGAAAACCCACAACCGUCCGAGAACCUGGCCGCUCCGCCCUGUCGCUCCUGUUGGUUUGGUGGUUUGUGGUUUUCUAAUAAAUCUGUCGUUCCUUUUUCAAAAGUACAAGCAAGCUUAUAGGCGGCCAGAAUAGAAACACUUGUGGAAUGGGCUAACACAAAACUGCAGACUUUGGGGGCGAGUAUUUUUUAGUUAUGAUUUUAAAACAAACUGUCUUCUUCCUUCCCCCCUCCCCCAUCAGAGCACAAAGUGAUUUGGUUUCUUACCCGAUUGGGGGCGGUCAUUUUGGUACUUGGGAAUUUGUCAGAACUAAAAUGCUGUUGAAGUGAAUGUAGCAUGGGUUAUUUGGGGGUUUCAGUUGUGUUUUUUCUUUCUUGGAUGGGUGAAUACAGUAUCAGUCAGGAGGUAAGUGCGCGCUGCUAAAUCGUUUGCUCACGUGACUGAGCCCCACCGGAAUUUAAGCUGGGUUUCCUCUAUAUUGGUUUCUUUCUCUCUCUCUCUCUCUUUUUUUUUUUUUUUGCCAAAUUUAACACAAAUGGCCAACUCGCCACGUGCUUCCCGGGUCAGCGCAAACUGCCCGCGCGCUGCUUGCCUUGCAAUCUCGGCUUCAUAGCGUCCGCAGGGCAACACCCCUCCUUGAUGGCUGCCCCUUGCAGAGAGUGUAUCAUCUGUUUUAUUUUUGUAAAAAAAAGGGAAAAAAAGUGCUAAAUAAUAUUUAUUACUUGUUUGGUUGCAAAAACGAAAUAAAUGAUCGAGUGUUGAGAUUUUAAAUAAAAUGUGAAGCA